CGGCCCGGCCCCGCGCGCGGGGUCGCGGCGGCGCGCGGGGUUCUCCUUCCCCGUCCCGGCCUCGUCCCGGCUCGCCGGAGAGCUCCAGGAUGUGGAAGCUGGUGCCCGCCUCAGGAAAAGGAGAUCCAUAUCGGCUUUUAAGUGGUACAGAAUAUGUUGUUGGACGCAAAAACUGUGCCAUUUUAAUUCAGGAUGAUCAGUCCAUCAGUCGAAGUCAUGCAGUUCUGACAGUAAGUCGUCCUGAAACAAGCCCUAGUCAAUCUCUCUCAGUCCCUAUAUUAACAGUAAAAGAUACAUCUAAGUAUGGUACCUUUGUUAAUGGAUCAAAACUCAAUGGUACUUCAGUGUCUUUGCAAUCUGGUGACAGAAUCAACUUUGGAGUAUUUGAGAGCAAGUUUAGAGUGGAGUAUGAACCUUUGGUUGUCUGCUCCUCAUGUUUAGAUGUAGCUCAGAAAACUGCUUUAAAUCAAGCCAUUCAGCAGCUUGGAGGCCUUGUAGUGAAUGAAUGGACAAAAGAGUGUACCCACCUUGUCAUGGUAUCAGUAAAAGUUACUGUUAAGACUAUAUGUGCUUUGAUUUGUGCUCGACCAAUUAUAAAACCAGAGUUUUUUGUUGAAUCAAUCAGAGCUAUUCAGUCCAGGCAACAGUUGCCAAAUCAUGAAAGCUUUUAUCCUCCAGUUGAUGAGCCUUCCAUUGGCACUGAAAAACUGGAUUUAUCUGAGCAUCAUGAAAGGAAAACAAUAUUCAGUGGAAAAACUUUUGUAUUUCUAUCUGCUAAGCAGCACAAGAAACUGGGUCCAGCAGUUAUUCUUGGAGGAGGAGAAAUAAAGUUGAUGACAGAAGGAAGAAAAGAAACGCUUUUACUGAUUUCUCCUGAAGUUUGUGUUGUUGAUGUGGGUUUGACAAACUCUCAGAUUGCAGGAUCUGACUCUAUGAGAAACUGGACUGAUUCCAUUCUGACUCUCUUGCAAAGCAAGAAUCUCAGGGCUAUUCCAGAGGCAGAAAUUGGAUUGGCAGUUAUCUUCAUGUCUACAGAAAAAUACUGCAACCCUCAAAAGCAGGCUGGUACCAACAAAGCUGUAACAGAAAGUACUCCUGCAUCAGCUGUUGUGGGCCGAGCCAUUUCUCAGAGUUUGGCUGUGGAUGAAACCAUAAUGCCAGCUGCUGCAGACAGCAGCACAUUCUACAUAGCUGAUACAGAUGAGCAGACAUGUAUGGAGGUAGAGAAUACUCCCCAGAUGGAUAAACAACGGAAAAUGGCUUUCCAGGAUACAACCACCGUAAAGAAAAACACUAGGACAAGUGGCAGUGUAAAUGCAGGAACAGCCAUAUUUAGAGGGAACAGAACAUCUGGGUUGAGUCAAAAAAGUCAGCCUGUCUCACCAUCUAAAAUUUCAGAAGCUGGUAAACCCAGCGAGUGUGCUUCACGUCACCAGUCCAACUCAAUUACAAAUUACUUCCAGGUAGCUAGAAAGAGGGAAAGAGCUGAAGAAGAAGAGGAAACAUCUGUACCCAAACUAGCAAAACUGGAGGAAAGGUCAUCGCCUCUUUCCAAGUGCACUGAACCCACAACUUCAUCGGUCUGGAACAGUGAAGCAAAACAGCAUCAAAAGAAAAAUAACAUCCUGGACCCAAACCCAAAUUUUGCAUUAGAAGACAUGGGUAUAAAGCUUAUGAGGGAAAGUGUCAAAGUAACAAGUGAUAAAACAGACACUAAAACCACUUCAAGUGAAAGUCAUGCACCACAGAAGAGAAAAGAGUUAGAUGAUUUAUCUGAAGAUACAGAAGCACUGGAAAUUGUGUUUGGAAGUGGAGACCUAGACUGGGAAGAUCAAGUGGCAGAUCAUGACCAGGAAGCUCAAGGAAAUACACGAAAAAAAAGAUGUUUGGAAGCCAAAGGAAGCAGGAUUCAAGAAGUAAAUGUAAAUCAGAGACAGGAGAAUAAAAUAUUGAAAGAAGAGGAACUUGAAUCAGUUGUAACUUCAGAAAUGAAAUGUAAGAUCAAGCAAGAGUCACCAGUCUCGAACUGCAGCAAACUGCAAGAUGACUCCAGCAGUCUUCCUAGCAGGCUUCUGUUGACUGAGUUUAGAUCACUGAUUGUCAGCCAUCCAAGACAGAACAGUUGCCUUACUGGAAAUACCAGCUAUGGGGGAAAGAAAAAUUUCAAAACCUUCAAAAAGGUAGCUUAUCCAGGGGCAGGACAACUUCCGUACAUUAUUGGAGGAUCAGAUUUGAUUGCUCACCAUGCUAAAAGGAAUUCAGAGCUAGAAGAGUGGUUAAGGCAAGAAAUGGAGGAGCAGAACCGAUAUGCAAGAGAAGAAGCACUUGCUGAUGAUCUCUUUAGAUAUGAUCCUAAUGUGAAAAGGAGAAGAUAAAUUGUGACCUGGAUUUACAGUGUUUCUCUAGCAAAACCUGCUUUUCUGUUCGUUAGGUUUCUUGUGUUACAGUGUGUAUGAUGUUCCUACAUAUGACCAUUUGAACUAUCUAUUAUUGUAAGACUUGUUUUUUAAGUCUUGCUUUUAUUAAAGAAAAAUUUCUUUCACUGCUUAAUACUUAUGGAUUGCACAUUUUCAAGACUUUAACACUACUUACUUCAGAGUAAUGCUCGGUAAAAUACUGUAGAUACUUAGGAUUUCAUUUUAGGCUAUUUCUAAUGUUUGCUAAUCAGUAAUGUUUUGGGGAAAAAAGGAAGUUACCAUCAGGCUGUGUUUUAUUUGUUGUUUGUUGUUUUUUUUUUUAGACAGGCUUUGUUAAUUAGGUAUUUUCACGGGUAUUGUCUUAAGAAUUGGAAGUCUGUUGAGAAAGACUGAAAUGCAGCUGAUACUUGAUCAUUAUAGGUUUCUCAGUGGUUCAUGAUUUACAGCAAUACUGUUGUUACUGUUACAGAAGAUCUUGGAACUGAAAAAACCAGUUUUUUCUUCUUGCUUUAAUAUAUUUUCAUUUGCAACUUUAAAUCAGUGCAUGUGAAUGUUCAGUUCUUAAAACCUACUUCCAAGCCAGAGAAAGUCUUCAAGAGCUAUUGCAUUCCAGUUUGGAAUUUUAAUUAUUUGACCCAUUUCUUUCUCUUGUGCCUUUACUUUUUGCAAUCACUGUGUGAAUAUAUGGCCUUCAAAACAUCUACACAUUCUUGGUUUACGAGACCUCAUUUUAAUGAUCUGAGAGUUUGCAAUUUGAGAAAUACCCCUGGAAGUACAGUGAGGAAACCCUUCUAGACUUCUACUCAGCUGUAUGAAGCAAUCACAUACAGAUAAAAAUGAACAGUAGCUCCACUGCAUCCAUUUCAAGAGGCAGGAUGGUAGGAUCUCCUUCUUCAUGUGAGGAAGUAAUUUGGUUGAUGUAACUGAAUUUAAGUACACAGAAACAAAACUACUUCCUCUGCCAAGAGCUCAGAGCAUGCAAGCAAGAUGAGCUGAGCUGUUUGAAGGUGCUCCGUUGUGUAUCAGAUUUGAAAAUCUGUGAGAUCUGUGUAUAUCAAGAUAGCAGAUAUGCUGAAGUCAGCAUGGUUGCAACAUGCAGAAAAUAUUUAGUCUUCAAGAGCCAGUGUUUCCUCAGGUCUGAAUUGGCAUCUUUUUGAUCACCUGGUCAGCGAUGUCCAGACUGUUACACAGCACACCAAUACUGCUGAGUUUUGCAAUAAGCCACAACACUAUUUUGGUAUUGUAACUUGCAUCAGGGCAUAUCAAAUCUUGUCCAAAUCUUUAAAAAGACUGUUCUUAAGCAGCUGAAAUUCUUGCUGGAGGUGGUGACUGACUGCUGUUUGUUGCACCCUCAGGUGAGUUUUUCUACUGUCACAGUGAGAAUCUCCAGGUUUUCUGGUUGAAAACCCACUGGUCCAACAGAGCAGCUCUUGUAGACUGCUGACGUUUUUCAUUAUUGUGAUUAAAUAUCAAUGGACAAGAUUCUUCAGAAAGGUUGUGUUUACAGUUGCAAAAAACAGAACUUGAGAAUUUCCAAGGUGAAAUGACAAAACAUACAAUGUACAGAGGCCUUCUACAAGAAAAGUAAAGGCCAAGUCCUUUGCUCCUCAGACCUGCAGUCUGCUAGGGUUCAAGCAACCCUGGUGGCAUAGCUGAGAGCACUCUUCUGUUCACUUUUUAUGAUUUAGGACUCUUCAAAUCCAGUUCCCCAGACAGCUGAAUUUAGGUGUUCUGGUUUUUUUAGUUAUUUAAGAGUUGGACUUGAUGAUCCUUGUGGGGCCCCUCCAAUUCAGAAUAUUCUGUGACUCUGUGUCCCAGGACUGAUGGACUCAUCCCACAAUGUGAUAGGGAGCAUCCACAAACCGUUGUAGAUUUCUUCAUAGAUCUAGUUUGAGAUGUCUUCUCUGUAUCAACAUUUCCAACAUCAGAUUUCUUUGCAGUCUUUCACAGGCAGCUCUGUGGUCUCUAGAGAAUAGAGAAUUGUGGGGAUUUCCACUGUAGUGCUGAGAAAAAAAAGAACCUAGGAUCAGCAGUUGGGUAAAGGUACACCCAGUUUAUGUUCCUAUUUUGGGUCUGACUUGAGGGUGCCUAGUAGAUGAUAGUUUGGUUUGUAAUCCAGUUGCAGCUGCUGUCUGGCUGAUGAGAAGCCUGUACAUUAGUACACUUGAGCCUUCUGCUAUUUCAACAUGGAGUUAUGCUUGCAUCAAAAGAACUUAGACAUGGAAACCUCCACCCCUUAGCCAUGGUUUGAAUUGUAAUUCCAAAUUCAGGUCCUAUUCAUAACUCUGAAGUCUUUCUUCCAUUUUAAAUUACUUUUGUCACAAUUUUCAGGUCAAGACAUUGGAGGAAACAUGCUUCUUGGCUUACUGGUUUGGGCCUUCUGUUACUGAAGUUUCUGCGGUAGAUGAUAAAGGACAUGAUUACAUGAUCCAAGUCUUGGGAGCCUGAACAUCCAAUAAAUCACAUCAGUAUUUGCCUUA